UUCCAAUACCAGGACCCAUCCUCCUGCAGUACCCAUGCUCCUGCACCUAUCCCCACAAGAUACAGGUACAGUAUGCUAGAAUGCCAAACAAAUGCCAUGCCAACCUUAACAUUUUUUAAAACAGCCUAGCUAUUCUUUUCAUGAGAUUUGUCAUGUUUAUUUUAUUUUUAUCUCCACAAGACUCCCUGAUGCAGGACCUACAGGAGCUGAUGGGGAGUUUCAUGGGGCCAGAUUGUCAUGUAACCCCAAAGGUGACUUGGGCAGAGAGGCAGGCCUUGUGUGCACAAAAGUGGUGGGAAAAGAGAGAGGCAAUGGUGGAAAGCAUGCUCUCUGCUGAAGGUACUGUGUUGGGCCAGUGUCAGUAUUGCGACAGUGAGGAUGCUGUUGUGCGGUGCAGAGAUUGCCUGCCCAGGCAUCUUCUCUGUGCCGCAUGUGACAUAGCCACCCAUAGCACCAAGGUUUGCACAACAGGGAGUCUCUGUUUUAAGGGCUUUAUCGCCCCUUGUCCCCAACCACCGUAAUUCAUCAAGAUGAUGAGGGGUCCCUUACCUUCCAGGAGCAAGGUGUGUGUUUAUUGUUUUGGUGUUUCAAAUUAAAUCUGAUAGCACCUCCUGCAAUACCAACUUUUUAGUCAUGCUGCACAAUUUUCAAUGCAUCAGUAUUUACAGUCCAAAUAUAUUCAACAAUUUAUUUGUGAUUCUUUGGUGUCACAUUUUGGUUUCUAGUUUGUCUUUUGCCCAUGGCUGUGCCACAGCUGUGUGGUUGCGCCCACAGUGCCCUGACAGUGACUAGUGGCAAGCAAGUCAUCCUGAUUGGAAUAAAUGAUAAGUGUGGUUUUUAAGGACUGCUAUUCACAUGUUUUUAAAGAAUGUAAUUAAUUACUUCUGACUCAGGGCGCUACAACCUGUCCCUUCCUGCUCUGAACUGCACCGGGUGUCUGAGACAUUGGACAGUGGGGCUGGAUGAACUUAUAAAGAGUGGCUACUGGCCAUCCACCGUGACUCACCAGACCAUCUUCACAGUGGACCUCUUCAAGUCCGUUGAAGACAUGAAGGUGUUGGCCCCAGGAUGCUCCCGUCAAGCCUUUGUGGGAAUGCUUGACGGAAGAACAAAGCACUUUGGC